AGCAGCAGCAUCAUAAUCAACCACCGUCCGUUUGCAACACGGCACCGGACGACGGCGACAGUGGCCCGAUAGCAGCGGCAACAAAGACGGCGUCCAAAUUCGAAACGAUGGCGGAAGCCCAGCGGCUGAUCGGGAUAUCGCUGGCGAAAAUAGCCCAAUCGCGGGUCUGCCGUGGUGGGGUUUCGCUGCACAAGAACCUGCUGGUGGCGACCGUGCUGCAGAAGGCACGCUACAUCUUUAUGGAGGAAGCGUACCAUAUCGUGCACGGCCACUAUUUACAGCAGCAGCAGCAGCAGCAACAGCAACAGCACCAUCAUCAGCUGAUGCAGGAGCAGCAGAAUGCCGCCUAUCUGCUGGCGGGGCACUGUGACAGCUCAUCAAGUGACAGUUGUGAUGAUGAGUGCGGCAACAACAAGUGCAGUGAGGGGGAUGAGAAGCUUCAAUCCCAUCUGUCAACGAUAGGCACCACCCAAGAGGACGAACUGGUCGAUCCGGUCGAGGAGGAUGAAACGUCUGCUUCCGUUUGUGGUGGUGUUGGGGAGAGCUUAUCGUACGACUACGACAGUACCAUUCUGCCUACUACGAUCGGUGGUCUUCCACUUGAGCCGCUCAACAUGUGCCGCAAUGGUGGUGCAUCGUCCGGCACGCGCACGGACGAGGAAGACGAGGAGGAAGAGACACCGACCGGCGGGGAUGGCGAAGAUAAGCAACUCCCAUCGCCUCCCCAUGAUGUGUCCCAUCUGUUCCUACUGCCCGCACUAGCACCGUGGAUAGGUGCCUCUGAGGAUAAGGAGAACGUUAACUCUGGUGGGUCCUUUCCAUUCCUGCAGUCGAGUUUCGGCGACGAAGACGACGAAGAAGAGCUUGAAGACGAGGAAGAUGAUGAAGAAGAAAACACCUGUCAGGAUCUGUCCUGCCAUCAGCGGAAGCCGGAAGUGGUGGAGGAGCAAACGCCGGCACUGGUGAAGCAGUUUGAAUCAGCGGUCCGUUCGAAGGGUGCUAUGCGUUACUUCGAUCUGGACGAUCGGCGAACGGUGGGAAGGCCCGAACGAAGACGUCGAAGACACCGCACAGAAGGUGACCAUUACCAGCAACAGCCGUUGGACAAUAGUUCCGCAUCCAGUCCAGCGAAACGUCGCCGUUCGUCAACGACCGAUGAGUCCUCUACGGUGGUGCUUGGUACGGCCAAUUGCGCUACAGCUAACGGCUCCGCCGAAGAUGAUGAUCGCAUCCUGCCAAUAGCGCUACUCUCAGCCAAGCGCAUGAAGACUUCCGAUCCCCAGCGCCCUCUAACGCCGGCCAUAUGUAGCAGUAGCCACGGUAAUACCAGUCCACCACAGUUCUAUUCGUCACCGCACGAAACCAUCUGCUCGGGAGAUGCGGAAACGUUGUCCGAAUGUGUAAACCAACAGCUGGAAGCGGAAAAUCUCACCACCACGAAUCUUCCACCGGUGUCUAAGUCUCCAGAGCUGCAAACAGAUGCGACGGCGGAUCCGGAACAUUCGGACACGGAUGCACCGCCAACGCCAUCGGUUGAAAGUAUCGAUCGGAUAACGUCACUGGUUUCGAUCUUCAGCUUCGGCAAUCUGUCAAGGUCCGUGUCGACGCCCGACUUUUGUGCGGCUCAGGCCCAAAAGGACAGUCGGCCGGAUGCGGGCGGUUCACUGUUGACCAGCCAGCUGCAGCAUCACGGACAGCGCGGCUAUCUGACGAUGACCGUAUAACUAAUGUUGCUGCGGGCCCUCGAUUACGGUGCCGGUGGAUGGAAUUACUUCGAGUACUAGCAGAAAGGGUAGUUAUGUUUAUAUGGGCAGGGCCAAACACCCACUAAAAGGACGUGAUAGUAGAUCUAAUGCGAAUAUAAAUAUGACUUGGGUGCAAAAAAAUUGGGGUUUGUAGAUGGGUAAACGCACAGGAGCAGAGUAGUCGAAUUCGAAUAGCACGAGGAACUCCUUCUCUCCGAGGAUGCAAGGAGUAAUACUGGGAAUGUGCGCGCGGGUAGUGCCUCUUAAUCAUAGCAGUCGGUAGUAACAACUCAUCCUUCGUUCUUUGAAUAUCUUUAUAUAUACUAUUAAUGGUAAGCGCAAAAUAAGGUUAUGCCGUCGUCGUUUAUCUUUCCUCCAUGUUGCUUCCUUAAUUCCGGUGGGAAAAAAGCCACUGACCGGAGGCCAGACGUUAGUUAGCUCCAAAUCACCUUAUCCGCGUUUCCUCUUUUGACCCUUUUAUAUAUACACACACAUACACACAAAAGGUAUACGACGGUAGUCGAUAGGAGGGCGAUCGGUUCAAACCAACCACCCUGUUGUGUGUGUGUGUGGCAAAAACGGUACUUUGCAUUCGAAACAUCACGAUCAUUAGCGAACUCGAACGGUGGUGGCGUGGCAACUUGGGAAGCACAGAAGCAGAUCAUAGGUAUGGAUCUUGCUGAAGAGUGGAGAUGGUAGAGUGUCCAGGUGAUUGCGCAGAUAGGAAGGUGUGUAGGGUUAUUUCCUUUACCAGCUAGGCCCAGAAGAAGGGAAAGAAGCAGGGAGCAACAACAGCAAAAAAAAACCGCUACUAAAAGUAGAUGGCUUGCAAGACAAGAGGGAUGCACGUAGGAAAGAACGAAACAAUAACACAGUGUGUGACCGCGCGCGCGAUAUUAGGCAUCGCAUCAUCUUUCGAAGCGCAGGCAGGAAGACAUGAAUAAAUAUAUGGCUAGAAGAGAAAGGAAUAGAUGGAAUAGGACCAACCAGCAAGACACGGUUCGAUCAUGUUUCGGACUAGGUUUUUUUGUUGUUGUGUUGUGUGUGUGUGCCGCUAGAAAGCGGCGCAAGCGGGUGAGCGAGAGCAAAUAUGCAAUAGCGCAACACAUGAAGCGAAAUCCGGUAAAGGCGCGUAAAGAGCGCCACUUUUCCGUCACUUGCUUAGGGAGAAGAGAGAGAGAGAGAGAGAGCGAGACAUCGCAUUGCCCAUUAUCAAUCUGAAGGCAAUCCGUUGUUCCGUUCCCUGUUUUGUGUGAUCCACCACACUUAGAGUAGCCGUAACGGAGUCCGCCAAGCAGUCCACCAAAGAAGAGGCGUACGCAGUGCAGCAAAUAUCCGUGAUGUGCUUUUUUAGGUGCAAACGUUGCACAAAUACAUGCAUACAGCAGCACGCAAAGUGAAGGGUGUGCGGCCCCUUUGCGAAAUGGUCGUGCAGAAAUAAAACGCAGAAGAGGAAAAAAAACCGUUUCACUAAAAUCUAAUUCCCCGCGAGGUCGUCGGCCAUGUCGUCUAUUUCUCGUGGUCUGCCCAUGGUUCAAAGUUAGGUUCGCACUGUGGACCACAUCGGUUGCAAUAGUGCAGUUUUCUCUUCUACACACACACACACACACACACACACACACACACACACACAUGCAUACACACGUAUAAACCCAUUUCGAUCGCCUUCUCUUGUGUUUAAUUGGGAAUAGGGGGAAGGGUGAGAUGAAUUUUAAUGGUUUUCGUUAUGCGACGAAAAUGGACGCGCUUUAAGAUGGCGAUGAAGAUGCGUUGCGUUGGAUUUGUGAAGAUGCGAUAUGUAUUUGCAUCGUUCCAAGCAUCCAUGUGCGCAUUGAUGGUGUGCGAUAGAAGUUCCCCUUUUUCUUUUAAAUGUUGCUUUGUGUUUGAUUGCAUAUAUAUGCACACGAAGAUGAAAGUUGGUUUGUCGAGCCUAACAUUCACCAAAUCAACCUUCACCACCACGAUCAUCAUCGGAUUGGAAUGUCAAUAUGAGGAGGUGAAGCAAAAGCAAACGAAGCAUAAGCAUAAGCUUCGGUCUGUGCCUGUCUUCUUGCCCAUUAUCGUACAACACAAACGGUUGUCGAUGAUCGAUUCGAUUUGCAACCCCAAAAACCAGCCUUUACGACGCGUGGACGAACUGGGGGUGAAACAACAGAGGCGUCGAAGGUUUUUGAAAGUUGUUUCCGUUAGGUGAGAAAAUUAAAAUGACGGGCUGGUUGGUCUUGUGGUGUUGUCGGUGGUUGAAGAUGUGUUUUUUUUGUUUUUGGACACAUACAAAAGAUUAGAUCGGUGUGUUUUGCUUUUUACUUUGCUCCACAGUACUGUUGUAUGUCCGCGGGAUUAGACUUUCGCGAAGUAAAUCAUUCAAAUGGAACCUUGAUUUUGGCGCGAUUUGUUAUUACUGUGUGGUUUAUGUAAAGUGGGAGAGGAAGAGCAAAUAGGAAAGCGAUUGUAAAUGUGUGUGUAUGUGUGUUUUUUUUAUUGCUAAUGAAAGUAACACUGAUAACGAUGAUCAGCGGUGACAGGGAAUGGAUUUUUUAUAUUUGCUUUUUUUAAGUUUUUUUUUUGUUUUUUUUUUUAUAUAAUUAUCUCUCGUGUUUUAAAGAGAGAUUCCUUUGUUACAUGAUUUUUUGCGCGAUCACUUUUGACGUUUCUUUUUAUACAGAUAGAACGGCCUGUCCGUAUUGAUAACUUUUGAUGUUAUUAACUAAACUUUUACAUUUGUUUUAUAAAUUUGUGCAAUUUUUGUAAUGUGCAAAUUGUGUAUGAAAAUGGUUUGAUGUUCUCAUUCUCACACACACACAAUCACCAUUAGUGAGAAGCAAUAAUUGAAAGCAAUUAUUCGAAGGUGAUCGUAUAACCUUCCAUCACCCUUGAAAGUUUACAUAAAUGCGCUGGUCCACCCGAAAACCCUUAAUUCCAUCAUCACCCCCAUUACGGGUGAAUAGUGUGUCGAUCGCCACCCCCUCUAAAUCAUAAGACAAUUUUUGUUUUUUUUGUUGUUGUUUUUGAUGCACCAAUCUAAGAAGAAGGGAGGUAAUGGAUUGAAUUUUCCCACCCUUUUAUGUUUUGUUUCCCCUCAAUGGGGAGUUUCUUUAUCUGUGUGUGUUCACGUGUAAGGGAUACGAUGCCGUAACAGUUCGAUACGGGCAACUACUUUUAUUCAAUCGUACACACGCGAUCAAUCGAUCGAUUAUUGUGAAUUGAGACGCCAGGGGGGGGGGGGG